AUGGAACAAGUACGAAGACAGUUGGGACAAUAUGUUCCUGCUAUCCGUUGUCUUGUGUCACCAAACACGGGAAAAAAGAUACACAGUUUCUGUGAGCUGAUGGAGAAUCAUAGGUACGUGGCAGUACCAAGAGGUGAAGCUCUGAAAUUAUUGGA